CUUAGGUUUCGGCAUUGGCUCCAAGAAAAGAGGAGGGAGGUAAAAAUGCAAGCUGUUUUGUUUCCUUGUCUUGCAAGACUUUGUCUAUGGUGGAUGAACCAGAAAUCCGUCUCUGGGUUGUCCCUUUUGGAGGCCUAUUUUGAGUAAACAUUUCUUCAUUUAUCCUCCUCUUUCUCCUUCCUGCACUCUUGUCAAAAGGUGUAGGCACUCAAAAGAAAGAGGGCUCUGUUUUUUGGAGUUGUAUAGCCGUACACAACUGCUGGAUUCUCCCCCCACCCUUUUGAUCCUUGUCUUCACCCAGCUGCCCAGCUUAGGAUAGCAACAAUGUCCGACGCCGCCCCAGACCCUCAGCCCAAAGGUGGCAACGAAGCUGAGAUGUCGGAGGAAGAUAGAAAGAUAAGGCUUGCAUCUCUUAAGCAGAAAGCGAUCAGUGCCUCAAACAAAUACAAACUUUCAAUGAAGAAACGAGGUAGGAGAAACAGCAGCAGAGUGAUGUCUAUCUCAAUUGAAGACGACAUCGACGCAGAAGAAUUACAAGCAGUUGAUGCCUUCCGCCAAGCUCUGAUAUUGGAAGAGCUCCUCCCUGCCAGACAUGAUGAUCAUCACAUGAUGCUCAGAUUCUUAAAGGCUAGAAAGUUUGAUUUUGACAAGACAAAGCAAAUGUGGACUGACAUGCUUCAAUGGAGGAAAGAGUUCGGAUCCGACACAAUCAUGGAGGAGUUUGAAUUCAAGGAGGUUGAUGAAGUGUUGAAGUACUAUCCACAAGGGCAUCAUGGAGUCGACAAGGACGGACGGCCUGUGUACAUCGAACGACUCGGGCAAGUCGAUUCCACCAAGCUCUUGGAGGUGACGACCAUGGAUAGAUACAUCAAUUACCAUGUCCGAGAGUUCGAGAGGACGUUUGUUUUGAAGUUCCCAGCUUGCACCAUUGCAGCUAAGAAGCACAUUGAUCAAAGCACGACCAUCUUGGAUGUCCAAGGAGUGGGACUGAAAAACUUCAACAAAUCUGCUAGGGAGCUUAUCCAGAGGCUGCAGAAGAUUGAUGGUGACAACUAUCCAGAGACUUUGAACAGAAUGUUCAUCAUCAACGCUGGAUCUGGAUUUAGGCUGCUGUGGAACACUGUGAAAUCAUUCCUUGACCCAAAAACGACAGCCAAAAUCCAUGUUCUUGGCAAUAAGUAUCAGCCCAAGUUGCUGGAGAUCAUUGAUGCUAGUGAACUUCCAGAGUUCAUUGGAGGUACUUGCACCUGUGCUGACAAGGGUGGCUGCAUGAGAUCCGACAAGGGACCAUGGAACGACCCAGAAAUUGCCAAGAUGGUUCAAAACGGGGAAGGAAAAUGCAGGAGAAGGUCAUUAUCCAACGUUGAAGAGAAGACCAUCUCUGAAGAUGACAACACAGGAGCCAAGGCAAGUGGUUCAUUCAAAGCAGAAGCAGCUCCUGUGGCAGCUGCAGCACCAGCUGUUGAAUCAGGCAUGUCCCCAAAGCAAGCAAAAUCAACCCCUAUCAUUCAAGAAGUUCCAUCAACCAGAAAGUAUGGCGGUGAGUAUCAACAAUAUGGUCAGUUCAUGCCAGUGGUGGACAAAGCCGUGGAUCCAAGUUGGGCACUUUCAAGUGAGAAAUAUGGUCUUUCCAAAGAUCCAUUUGCUCAUGAAAACUACAAAGUCCCAGAAGGGUUCAGCAACCAAAUAGUUGGAGGAAUAAUGGCUUUGGUGAUGGGAAUAGUGACCAUGGUCCGGCUGACAAGAACCAUGCCAAAGAAGCUCACUGAGGCAGCCAUCUAUAGCAGCACCGUCUACUACGAUGGUUCAAUGGUGAACCGUCCAGCAUUACCGUCCCCCGCCGCGGUGCCUCUGAGCGAUUACAUGACGAUGAUGAAACGUAUGGCGGAGCUAGAAGAGAGGAUCAAUGUUCUCAACAUGCAGCCGGCAGUGAUGCCAGCUGAUAAGGAGGAAAUGCUCAACAUUGCUUUAGGGAAAGUUGAAACUUUGGAACAAGAGCUAGACACAACCAAGAAGGCACUCGAGGAAUCUCUUGCUCGAGAAGCCGAGCUGACCGACUACAUCGAGAAGAAGAAGAAGAAGAAGAUGGUGAACCCAUUCCGCUGGUGAAUGUGAAAUAUAGGAGCUUGGAGAAAUAACUCCAAAAAAAGUUCAUAAUAAAAAAGAAACAUAUAAUUACAGAGAAAGGGUUUCUCCCUCCUCUUUCUCUCUCUCUCUCUCUCUCUCUCUCUCUCUCUCUCUCUCUCUCUCUCUCCCAUUGGUUGUAUGUUGGAAUAUAUUUGAGACAUUGAUUACUUGGUAUUAUUACAUCAAUCAAUGUUCUUUUGUAUA